UAUGUAUAUCUUCACGCAGUAUUGUCCGAGUCAAUGUGAAUGUGUAAAUAAUAAAACGCGGUGAAAUGCUGUAGCCGUAGUACGGAAUUUUAAAGAAAUCUGUAUAAACAUAGACGUAUUGUGAGAAAAUAAUAGUGUUAAAUGUUUGUCUUGUAGCGGGAUUUUUGGGAACGUUUUACAACAACAGAUACGUAUAAAUAACUUAUACGUUAAAAUUGUUUGAGUGAAAGAAAGUGAAACAUUAUACGACAUCGUUUAACAUUGAGGUCUUUGUAAUACGCAAACUCUGCUAUUUAAAUUAUCGAUUUGUGUACUUGAAUCUUUGCAUCGAAUAAAAGUCUUUCUGUGCCGGCAAGGAACGAAUUACAUUUGGAAAAUUAUCAAUAACAAAUGAAAUUCAAUGGGAAAUUAUGAGUGUGGAAAGUAAACAUCGCCGAGUGUAUUUUACUUUCGGACACGCCGUUUUUUGACGCAAAACACAUCGAGAGGUUUCGAGGUUGUUAAAGUUCUAAAUACUCUUCAUACCGAUUUAGUUGAUGUUAAGAAUAAAAAAAAAAAAUGAAUGGAUUCAGUACCGGUGAGGAAGAUUCCAGAGGAGCUGCUGAUCAAAUCUGUUGCCUUGUAGAUGAGGGUGAACGAUGCACUCGACCAGCUGGCAACGCUUCUUAUAGCAAACGUAUUCAAAAAACUGUAACUCAACGACGAUUAAAGCUUAAUCUUGAUCAAGUGGCACGUCAUAUAUACAUUUGUGAUUACCAUAAGCAAGUGAUACAAUGUGCAAGAUCUAAACAACAGCAACGUAGACGUAAGGAUUCUGAAGAAGAUUCGGGUGAAACGGAUAAUGAUCUCCCUGAAGUUGACCUUUUUCAAUUACAAGUGGGUACACUUAGGCGGUAUAAAAGACAUUAUAAAGUUUCCACGCGUCCAGGUUUAAAUAAAGCUCAAUUAGCUGAUACUCUUAUGAAGCAUUUUAAGACUAUCCCUGUAAUUGAAAAAGAGGCAUUAAGCUUUUUUAUUUACACAGUAAAAACUAAUGCCAAUAAAUUGGAUCAAAAGAACGGUUUAAGUAAUGAUACCACAUAACCUAGGCCUCAUUUAAUAAGUUCUGUUAUUAUACUAAUAUUUUAUUAGUGAGAUCAAAAAUAUAUGUAUGAAUUUUUACUUGUUAAUAGGCAUAGGUAUUUUAUAAGAACUAUGUAUAAAAUAUAUUAAAAAAUAUAUGUACAACAAUACUUAAUAAAAUAUUGUUUAUUUACUCCAUA